AAAAUUAUCUUUUAGCAGAAGAACCGUCGCUUAAUUAAGGAGAGGAAGAGACUGUCUCUUAUGGGACACUCGUCCUUCUCUCUCUCAUCUCUCCUCUGUUUUUCUUGGCCGGUGUGAAUCAUCGCCGGUAUCAUCAAUCCUCAAUUUCGUUUUACUAUCGCUGUACUGAGCUUGCGUUCCUUUUGGUAUAGAUUUGAAACGCAAGAGAAGUUGAUCAUCGUCGGAACCAUUCACCACAAGCCCAAACCAGACCAUAUUUUGAAUGAUGAGAUCUAACAAAAAGAUCUAUUCUUUCUUCGUUAUAAUUAAGGCCUACAUGCUACGUCUUGGUAACGCUUCUCUAGCUUCAGCUUCCCACUCCAGUCAGAUUCAGCGAGGUGGAGCUUGUAACUCCCGACGGAUAUCCAGAAGAUGGCCUCGUAUGUUUUCAACAACAACUACUUGAAGAAUGGACUCGCUGACGAGGCUUGUAGUUUCAACAACAACGCUGCUCUCACUUCCAUCAAUCCCAGUCAAGGAACUUGUAGAUACCAUUCAAGCAGUAAGAGAGUGAUCAGCAAUGGUCGAGUUGUGGAUGACAACGUCAAUGGGUGCAGGACAAGCAGAUAUGAGCCGUGGCUGACGGGUUUCCAGCAGGUGUAUCUUGUUGGUCUUUUUACAAACUCAGAACCAAGAAGAGGUCAAUUGGUAAGUGACAAACACAUCUUGAUGAGACCGAAGAAGCUUUCUUAGUAUUCAUAUUUUUUUUUGACAAGCAUGAACUAGAUAGGUGUUGUUUCAUGGUAGAGCUUAUCAAUGUAGGUUGUUAAGGGAUCC